UAUACUCGAUAGUUAAUUAGAGUAAAAUCUUCGAUUUCUAUGAAAGUUUAUGUAUUAUGUAAAAUGUUCUCCCUAAUGCUUAGUUAUGGGUCUCUUUUUUUUUGUCCGAAUUUCGAUCGUACAGAUGUAAAAAGAAAGUUGGAAUCCGAUGCACUUUUUGAUGUGCACGUUAUUCGUUUAUGGUUAAUAUUGUAUCACUCAGACGUUUUGUCGUAUGUGGUACUGGUGUCAAGUAAAAAAUUGUGAACCAAUUGCAUUCUAAGAAGCCUUGCACAGCAUUUCACAAAACAUGUUUGAUUCUUAUGCAGCUGUUUUUGAGGUUUUAGUCCAAAAGAGGCUUUUUUGUCUCAGGAAAGAAUAGUUAUUAAGAGAAUCAAUAUAAGUAAUCUGUCGUUUAUGAGAAGAUCUACACCAUUAUUUAAUUCAAGGCUGCCUUUGUCUUUUUAUUUUAAGGAAAACAAAAUUGAAAGAAAUGAAAGGAAUUCAAUAACUAAUUGACAUUUCAGUACACAAAAAUUGUGACUGAAUUAAAGUGAGGUUUACUUUUUAUAAAGUCCUGAAGGACAAGGUGGGAUAACUUUCUGAUUGACACUGAUCAAAUGUUGUUAAAUUGGCCUAAUGAUUAUAGUAAUUUUGAUAAAUGGGCAGAAUGAGUUUUUCAACAUUCAGCAUUUGUUACAUGGUUCAAGAGUUUCAAUUUUGGAAAUAAAAUUAGUCAUCUGUUAACCGGUAUAUGAUUUUAUCAGACAUUUUUUGUUGUAACUAGAAAUUAGAUCAUAACUUUUGAUUUUGUUUGAUGAAGAACUGAAGUCAGCUGAUGAAGCCAGUAAUUAUUCAAGAUAUUAAAGAAAUAUUGAUAAUAUAAUUAGAUGCUUGAGGUAAACUGUGCCAAACUGCCAAUCCAAAACAGAGGGAUAGUGUGGGAAGUUAACUAGCAAUGACUCAUUAAAAUAUUGAAGAGGAUAUUGCAUGUAUUCAGUUAUGUGUUAGAAGAGUUAUUCUUCUUAAAACAGCCUGAGCUACAAAACUGAUGUUUAUUCAGAAAAAUAAAGACUUUAACAAUUAUGAGGAUGAUAGAAAAGAUGAAAGAGGAAAAAGAAAAAAGAUGAUACUGAAUCAUAGACAGUGGACUAAGAUAGAAAAUGAUGAUGAUGAUGAUGAUGAUGAUGGACCACAGUCAUUGGACUCACAAACAAUGGACUCACAGACAUUGGACUAUGAUAGAAGAUGAUGAUGAUGGACCACAGUCAGUGGACUCUCAGACAUUGGACUUGGAGACAGUGAACUAAGAUAGAAAAUGAUGAUGUUGAUGGACCAUAGUCCAAACAUUGGACUCGGAGACAGUGAACUAAGAUAGAAGAUGAUGAAGAUGGGCCACAGUCAGUGGACAGAGAUAGGAAAUUCAAAUGAUGAAUAUGAAGAAUAUGAGUUAUCAUUUAUCUCAAAGACCAUCAGAGACAUAAGGCUCUCCAAAAAAAAAGAUGACACCCUAUUUUAUGCUUAGAUAUCUUGCUAUUAAAAGAGAUGUUAAAUGUUAUUGAUUGUCUUGGAAAUGACAAGGUUGAUUUAUCAGUACAAUGGACUCUGGACUACUGGGUCAGGCUGUGCAGUACCACGGUCCAGAACUAGUAAGAUGUCUGCAGAUAGAACAGCAGCAAGUACCUGUCAGUUUGACUGACCAUCUGAAUAAGUACCGCCAGAGGCAACCCAAUACCUCAAGGCUUCGGAGAGAUAUCUCCCAGCGUAUACACAGCUUUGUUGCCAAGAAAGCAGAUUAUCUGUUUAAUUCUGUAGAAGAUGCAUCGGGACAUCCAGCCUCUUCCAGUGUUGAUGAUACUUAUGCAAAAAUGCCACCCAUUGAGUCCUUUAUGGGAGUAGACUGGACUGCAGCUAGAAGACAUUUCUUUAAUAGUUUAGAAAGAUACGACAUUGUGAUUGGAGUAGUGACCACGGCCCUAGAGAGUGGACUGGUUCUCACUCUUCUGUGUCUGGACAAUGACAAAGCUCGGGAUAUUGAUGAGAUGAAAAUAACAGCAUUCUGUCCAGCCAAGGAGCUCCCUAGAGUCCCCUAUCAGAGCCCCCUGGAGGGGUUUGCUGUCAAGGACAAAGUCAGAGGAGUUGUAGUGAAUGUGAAUUCCGAGUCUGAGCGGAUCAUAGUGUCCCUGAACGAGCGAGCUUUGUCCGAGGAGCAGGAGACGGUCAAACUUGGUCUUAUAAAUGCUGAUGAUUUUCCUGUCCAGUACAGACGCAAGUUACACAUACGCGGGUUGACCUUUGAUGAGCUCCUGCACUCCAUAUUGGGAUUUAACAAUCAAGGGAAUGUGUCAUUUCUGCUGGAUACUUUGAAGCUUGACGAGACAUCAUCCUACAUGAGAGGCCUGCACAAGAAACAAAUUCCUGAGAAGGAGAUGUCGGAAGGUUUGAGAAAACAGCAGUCUCAGAAAUGGGCACACCAAUGUGUGGCUGAUGGAAUUAAGUACUUCAAGAUGGGCCGACAAACAGAAGCCAUUCAGUACCUGAACAAAGCUCUACAGAUCGAUGAGACCAAUGUGGAGGCACUGACAGCCAGAGGAGCACUGUAUGCAAACAAUGAAAGCUACAACAAAGCAAUGGAAGAUUUUGAAGAAGCAUUGAGGAUAAACCCCACCCAUCAAAAUGCCAAGAAGUAUAUGUAUGAGACACUGUUAGCCGUGGCUCGUGUGAAGGAGGAUCUGGAGGCUUAUGAAGAAGCUGAGAUGUAUGUAAAGAAAGCCCUGGAUAUAGAGCCUCAGUCUGUGGAAGCAAGGGAGGCCCUCAGAUUUCUACUCUACAAAAAGGAACGGCACCACUCCAGUGAUCGCUACAGAAAACCGUCUCGACACGAUGAACGCCAAGAUUCAGAUGAGGAUAUGUUUAUGGAUCGCACCACCGCCACACUUAAAAAAUUGAUUAAUGAAGACAAAAGCAGAAGUGGAAAAAAGAGAAGAGACAGGUCUCCUCAAGGUUCAAAGUCACGAAGGUCAAGAUCAAGAUCACCAAGAUCUGAAGGUCACAGAGAUUUAUUUGGAAGUAAUAAAUAUGACAGCAUUCCAGGACUAGAUCUUGGACAAGAGGCCUCAGACAGAAGGAAUAACUCGCCACCCAGGCAAAGAUAUCGGUCAAAAUCGCCAGAUGAAUCACCCCGCCGCAUGUACAAUGUUGACCACCAGUCUUCAUUCAUGUCCAAAGGAAGUGACUUUUUUAAAGACUUGAAGGACUAUUCUGAUAGAAGAGGGACAUAUGAAGGAGAGUAUAGAGAUAAUCGAGAUUAUAGUAGAGAUAGAGAUCGGGAGUUUAGUAGAGAUCGUGAAUAUGGAAGAGAUCAAGAUCGUCAUAGCCUGGAAGGAAGUAGAGAAAGGAGUUUGGAUAGAAACGCAGACAAACAAAACCAGGGCAGAAAUCCUGAUAGGGAAAUCAGAAGGAAAGAGAAAUAUGCUGAAGGAAGCAGGGGACUGCAGAGAAAUCCUGAAAGAGGAAGUCUGGAAAGAAGUCAGGAUUGGAGGAAUAUAGAGAACUCUGAUUCUCGCAAAGAGAGGCAGGACAAGAAUGACAUAGACUUUCUGUAUGGAGAUAUUGGAGAAUCUCAGAGAGACAGACAAGAUAAAGGAAAUCCAAGUUUCACUGAAAAUCUGAUGAACAUCAGACCAAAGUCUGAUCGUUCAUUGCAAAUUAAGGACAGGAAUGAGAAUCGCCCGAUAUCCCCUACCAGGAGGAGUGUGUCACCCAGAGAUAGGAAAGAUGGACAGAAGACCAGGGAAGAAAUGUAUUCAAAGGAAGAAAAGAGAGACAAUGAGUUUACCAGCAGCGAUAAAGGCAACACUGACAGUGAAUCUCCAGUAAAGAAGAAGAAGUCCAAGAAAAUGAAAAACAAAGACAGUAAAGGAGAGAAAAGAAAACGGAAAAACAAGGGAAGUGUCUCUCCCUCAGAUAAGAGGUACCCAAAAGAGGACAGAGAAGACAGGAAAAAGGAUGACUGGGAGUCACAGGGUAGCUACAGUAAAGAUAGGAAAAAAGAAUUUAAAGACAAGGAUAGUUUUGAAGCAGAUGUAAAACCUAAGCUUGAUAAAAAGUAUAAGAAAAGAAGAGAGUAUUCAACAGACAAAGAGGUAGAGAAAAAGAAACAAGUAAAAGGGGGAUCUUUGGAAGAAGUUGUGAAAUCCAGAUGGGAUAGUCCAAGCGAUGAGAAAUAUUACAAAAGUAUAAAUUCUGAGAGAAAAUCACGGUUUGAUGUAGAAGAUAAACCUCGAGACAAAUUGCAAAAGCCAAAACAAGAAACAGCAUCAAAAUUCAGCAAUACAUUCAAAGAAACUGUAGACAAGAAAGAUUUUUCUAAAGUUAAAGAAGAGCCUGUAGGACCACCGACAUCAAAUCCAUACAAGUCGUCUUCUCGAGAGAGGGACAACAGUUACCCUAAAGCCGAGACAAAAAAGUUUGCUCUCCCAUCUAAAGAAGAACUAGACCGAGAAUUUGAAGGCAUUCGCAUUCACAUACGAAAUGACAAAUACAAUGCUGUUGAAGAACCAAAAGCACCCACUAGUAAACUUUGGGUCCGGCCAUUUGACAGUGUAGAAGAAGACCCGGUCAGCAUUGUGAGUGCCCUCCACACAGACCAGAUCUAUGCUCCCAAACCUGAGCCAGUGUUCCAAGAGGAGAUGUUUGAGGUGAAAUUAAAAAGGGAAGAUAGUCCAACUUAUGAAAGACCAAAGUCAAACUAUAGACAAAGACGGUCAUCCUCCUCCUCAUCUUCUAGUAAGAGCCGCUCUCCAUCUCAUGACAAAGAUCAGAGACGGAAGGCAGUAAGGCACGAUAAAAGGUCAAGAUCAAAGGAGAGCAAAAGCCAUUCUCCAGGUUCCCGGUAUUCACAGUCUGAGAGAAAGAGAUCCAGGUCCCCACAUCAUCACGUAGGAGAUAAGAAUCCCAUUGGCAAGAAAUUGUACGAGAUCAAUCGAUACAAUAAAAACAGAUUCAAGGCAGAUGGGAAAUCCGUAACUAUAAAACCAUUCAUAAAAUUAGAGAUUGAUUCUCGGGGAAGAGGUGCUAGGGGUGUUGGAAUGAGGGGAGGUAAUAGUGGAAUGAGAGGAGGGAUUAGGGGUGGAGCAAUGGGGAGAGGGGACUCAAAGUUUGUUGAGGGUAGAGGAAAAUUUAUUCCUCGGGGUAGGGGUGUUUUCCGGGGACGCAGACAGUUCCAAGCUGGAAGAAGGGGGAGAGGGGGUAAUUAUAGGGGCCAUUCUCACUACUCUAAACAUAGAUCAAGAGGUCGAUCUGACUCAAGGUCCAGAAGUCGAUCAAGGUCAAGAGGUCGUUCAAGGUCUAGAAGUAGGUCAAGAGGUCGUUCAAGGUCCAGAAGUAGGUCGCGGUCAGGACAUCGAUCUAGGUCAAGAUCCAGGUCCAAACACAGAUCAAGAUCUCCAAAAAAUCGACCACCUAAAAGUAAAUCUCCCAACAAAAAGAGGGGUAACUGGUCCCCACCCAUAGGUCAAGGAAGUGGUUAUUAUGGUCCCCGGGCUAAGGAUAAACCAGGUAAACCAGUUGAUGGAGGAAUCCCAGGGGGCAAUGUCCCUUCCUCGGACAAUGCUCCAGUGACCACCGAGGGAAAGGGCUCCCUGGAAAUGAUGGAAACAUUUCUUGAGCAGCUGAGACAGAAAAAAAUGCAGGCUGCUGCAAACAAUAACUUUUAAAAAUGUUAAGAGAAAUUGAAAGGCCAUAAUGGCUACAAGAUUCAAGUUUUAUAGUGACAUAAGAUUUUUUAAAAAGCUCAAGUUUUUUUUUUUUUUUCCUUGAGUUUAUGUCUUUUGAAUACAAGUGUCGAGUUUUAAGGAUUAUGUUGCACAUUAUGUGUUGAAAUUUAGGAUGAAAUACAUUGAAUUUUAAAUUUUGUACAAUUAAAAAUGAACCCCAAGAACCCUCACUUUGUUUGUUCCCAUAUAUGUACAUUGUGUUCAUAAUCCAUCCAACUUCAUAUCAUUACUGUUAUUUUUAGGAUGCAACUCAAUUUUUCAAGGACCAUGUGUAUUUCUAACAGUUGUGUGAAUCAGUUAAGAAUUUGCUUUCUCAAAUUUUAUGUUUUAAAUGACCAGUUCAAACAUUUAAAAAAAAAAACCCAUUAAUUAUGAAUUGAAGAUUAAUCCUAUGAUCGUUAGAAUAUAUGAAAGAUUGUAUUGAGGCUGAAUAGGAAGUGGAUUUUUGCUUAUUUUUAAAUAAAGAAUUUAAUGGAUUGGUAAACAUGUAUUCUUCAUCUUUUAGUUUUGAUGUACAAUGUAUUUAUAUAUAUAUGCAUGUACUUCAUAAUAUUAAUUUGGUUCUAUUUAUAGUUCAGGAAUUCACACAAGUAUUAUCUUUUCAAAAAUACCUUUCUUACACUUUACAUCAAAUUUUAAUUCUAAAAUAUUCCAAAUGUAUUUAUUUAAAAUAGAUUUAUUAU